AUGGGUAGAAAGAAGAACCAGAAGGGCCGUCAACAGACCACCGCUGGUGCGGCACCAGCGGCUCCUAGCCCAACCGACAACUCCGCAGCUCCCGCCGCGACUUCCGCCACCGAUCCUCCCGCCAAGAGCACCGCAGCUGAUCCGCCUUCCGCACUACCGGCCGCAGGCGCGCCGUCCGGGGAAGAUCUGCCGCCGAUCAACGUGACAUCCCCUUUCCGCGCCACCGCGAGUCGCGAUUCCAUCGACUCGCACGACGCCGACGUCUUCGUCGAGCCGCCGGAGCACUUCAGCGACGGAUCGCGAACUCCGCACGAUGGUAACCGCACUCCCACCUUCGAGGACGCUUCCGGCAGAUUCCCGCUCGAGUCGCCGAUGGCGAAUGGUAGCAGCGGCGCCGGGGGCGGCGGAAGCGGCGGGUUCGGCGCGCAGGUGGAGGCGGAGAAGCUGCGGAAGCAACUGGAGGAGAUGACGCUGCGGUGCCGGGAGUUGGAGGAGGGGAAGCGCGGAUCGGAGGUCGCGCGGAAGAGCGUUCAGCAGGCGAAGAACGCGCUAGAAAAGGAUGUGGCGGCGGCCGCGGAGAAGACGUCGAAGGCGGAAGAGGCGGCGGCUGCGGGGAAGGCGGAACGCGCGCGCCUGGAGGGGCUGGUGACGGCGGCGGAGGGGGAAGUCGCGCGGCUGAAGGGGGAAGUAGCGGGGAAAGAAGCGGAGGUGGGGAAGUUGCUGGGAGAGAUGGAUCUAGCGAAGAAAGAGUCAGAGGCGUUGAGAGGCGAGAUGAGUGAACAGGUCAGGGCUCAUGAGGAGUUGGUGCGGGCGCUGAAGCAAGAGUCGGAGGCCCUGGCGGCAGCGCGAGACGCGGCGAUCAAGGAAUGCGCGGAGGCCAAGGAGAAAUGCGCCGACCUUUUGAAGGCUUCAGCUGAGGCGGCGGCCAGAAUGGACGAGCUUUCCCGCUCCUUGCAGGCGUUGGAGCAAGACAAGCAGGGCUGGGCGGCAGACAGCGAAAAAUGGGCGGCAGAGAAGAGCAGCUGGGAGGAGGAACGGGCAAGCUGGGCGGCAGAGAAGAGCAGCUGGGCGGCAGAGCGGGAGAAGUGGACGGCAGAGAAGGCAUCUAAGGAGAAGGCGAGUGGUGAAUUGGACGAAGGGCGGAGAGAGCUGGAGCAGCGUGUGGAGGCUCUCGGUGCUCAGUUGGCCGCAGCUGAGGCAGCAAGGGCAGAGGCAGACGCGGCGAGAGGAACGGCAGAAGCGGCAAAAGCAGAGGCGGAAAGGGCGAGAGCGGCGGCAGAAGUGGCAAGGGCGGAUGUAGAGAAGACGCUGGAGGGGAAGAGGGGCGAGUCGGACCACGCCACCAGAGUGGCAGCCAAGGCAGCAGCUCGUCUGGCGGAGCUACAGCAGAGCCUCACGCAGGCGCAGGUGGAGCUGGUGCAGGCGCACUCCGCGCUACAGGACAAGGACGCCCAGUUGACGGGCAAGGACGCGCAGGUGCAGGCUAUGACGGAGCAGAUAAAGGCGCUGGAGCAGCGGGUGCAGGCUGUGGAAGAGGAGAAAAAAGCACGUGCGGAGGAGGCGAGGAGGAAGGAGGAGGAGGCGAGGGAGGCGAGGCGAGAGGUUGAAGCAGUGAAGGGGGAGCUUGGCGCGCUGCAGGGGGAGUUGAAGGCAGCCGCGCAGCAGCUUGCUCAGGCGAAGCAGGAGGCGGAUGCGGGUGGGGAGAGUGCGGGGAGCAGGGUGGGGGAGCUGGAGGCGCGGGUGGAGGCUGUUCUGGGGGAGGUGGCAUCUGCAGCGCAGGCGCGGGCGGAGGUGGAGGGGAAGCUGGCGAGUGGCAGCCGGGAGAAUGCCAGGCUGGCAGACACGUGGUGUGCAGCUGUAUGCAGUCAUGUGCGUUCGCAUGCCGUCUUGCCACGGCUGGCCACCUUACCCCCCCUUUCAUCCGUUCUGCCCAUACCCACGCUCGACCCUUGCCAAACACCGCUGCCGUACCAACCCCCUCUGUCCCUUUCUCUCCCACCCCCUACCCGUUCCAACCCCCUUCCCGCCCCUCUUUCCCCCAGGCUGGCAGCAACCAAGGAAGCAGAAGCCAAAACCAUGUUUGCGCAGCUGGCGCAGGUGAAGCGGGAUAACGCCUCCCUCAGCAACGACCUGGCAGCCGCUACAGACAAAAUCGAAGAGCUAGUAGCCAAGAACCGCCGCAUGGACAAGGAUGUGGUAACCGCCGCGGCCGAGGCAGCGUUACGGGAGCAGGAGGGGGGAGGUGGGAGUGGGGGAGGGUGGAGCUCUGUGGCGCUGGUGUCUGUGGGUGUGGGGGCUGCGGCUGUGGGGGGGUUUGCUGUCCUGCGACUCAUGGGACCCCGGGCAUGA